CGCUCCGUCACAGAUCACCCGAGCUCUUCGUAUCCGGAUAUGAGUCGGAGGCGAAGCGAAGGCCCGAACAAACGCCGAGAGCCGUCAUGUUGUGACAGGGAAGGAGCUGAGAAAGAGCAGACGAGGACGAGGACACCUGCCGCUGCUUAAACAACGCAUAAACACGUCGACGAGCGGCUCUGCAGGAGGGCACGUCAAGCCUGCCUUGGGACCAGACAGUUUAACCUGACCAGUCAUAACUCAGGAUCUCCAGUCUUUCGUCUCUUCUUUCUGGCCCUGUGGCCUGUGGCCCAGGUUUGAGCAUCUCGCCCCCGAGAGGAGAAUCUUUUUGGCAAUAUGGCAGGUCGACCCAACGGGCCGGCCGCAGGGAAUAAAAUCUGCCAGUUUAAACUAGUUCUUCUCGGCGAAUCGGCAGUGGGCAAGUCCAGCCUUGUGCUGCGAUUCGUCAAAGGACAGUUCCACGAGUUUCAGGAGAGCACUAUUGGAGCUGCGUUCCUCACACAGACAGUAUGCUUGGAUGAUACGACAGUAAAGUUUGAGAUUUGGGAUACUGCUGGGCAGGAGCGAUACCACAGUUUGGCCCCCAUGUACUACAGAGGAGCUCAGGCUGCCAUUAUAGUCUACGAUAUUACUAAUACAGACACAUUUACACGAGCUAAGAACUGGGUGAAGGAGCUGCAGCGGCAGGCCAGUCCAAACAUCGUCAUUGCUCUGUCUGGGAACAAAGCUGAUCUGGCCAACAAGAGAGCAGUCGACUUCCAGGAGGCUCAGGAAUAUGCUGAUGAAAACAGCCUGCUGUUCAUGGAAACCUCCGCCAAAACAGCAAUGAACGUCAAUGAGAUCUUCAUGGCCAUUGCAAAGAAGCUGCCGAAGAACGAGCCUCAGGGUGGUGGAGGGGCGAGUGGGCGGGGCCGGACCGGUGUGGAUCUGCAGGACUCCACCCCUCAGGCCUCCACUGGCAGGUGCUGCGGAAAUUAACUCAAAUCACCUCAAAGGGUCCAAAACAACAUAACCUUGGAAACAGACAGACCGUUUAUUAGAAGGAGAGCAAUCGCACUUAAGAGAGAUUAUUUCUGCAGAUUUUUGUUUGUGUUUUUAUUUUUUUGUUUUGUUUUGUGUGUGUGUGUGUGUGUGUGUGUGUCUGUGUUUUGUUUGUUUGUUUGUUUGUUUUUUCCUUCUUUUUUUAUCAAAUCAGUUUUGUAAGAAUCAUAAGCUAGAGGGAGUUCCACAGUGCCUCUCUCUCUCUUUUUUUCGCUCUCUCCCCAUGUCUCAUUCUUAUUCUUAUCAUUAUUUUAUGGAAAUACUAACAUGAUUCUGUGUUAAAAAUCAUUUUAAAGUUCGAGAGAUGAAUACCUGGUAUAAUGUAUGUUUUUUUGGUGAUGGGUGCAUGUAGCAUUUUUUUUUUCCUAUUUGUUUUUUUUUUUUGUUUUUUUGUUUUUUUUUUCCUCUUUCAUAUAUCUUCCUUGUCGGCACCAAACAGAGACUUGGGGAGGGCAAAAAUGAAUCUCACACUUCCAAAUUUGUCUUUUUUUGUAAAUGAACUAGUAUUGUUUUUAUUACAGCAGCUCCACCUUGGAUAUAUCAUGGCAUUACUAGGGUUAAAUAACACGCGUAUGGGUGUACAGCUGAUCAGUGUAAUUCGUUAACUCCAUUGAAGUGCAGUCAGCAUUACCACUUGCACCUGAAAACAUUUUUAGCGUCAUGUUUUUUUGUUUUUUUUUUCUUUUCAAUCUGUAAGAUAUUAUGGCUUCAAAAGAAGAAUAAAAAAGUUAAGGUGACAUUUA